AUGAUUAUUUGUCUCACACUAUUGAACUUUUUUGAUAUGAUUCAGUAAAACAAAUGUGCAAAUAAUUUGUAUUCUCUCCGAUAAUCAAAAUUUACCAGUUGAAUGGAAGACUGCCUACUGUGAAAACAGACCAAAUGUGUUUACACUGCAAAAUGCUCCAUAAGCUUAGGUUCACUUAUUGACUCCCUAGAUCUUCAAAAGUGCAAUGUAAGAAUAUUAUUCAACAGCCUGCCCUCUAUUAUAAAAAGGAUAUGCUUGAGAAAACAAGAGCCAUGAAUUUCCCAUGCUAAAAACCUGGCUUCAGAUACUCUUUAUUCUUACUGAUAUUAUACAUCCAGCCUCCAUUUCACUCCUCAGAGAGCAGAUCAAAUCCUAAAGCUGGACAUUUAAUGAUAAUUUCUCCCUUUAAAGAACUACGUUUUAACUAUUAUCAUACGAGGGACCAUUCCAGCUUUGAAUCACUCUGAAACAAGCUGUUGCCUUGGAAAUAAUGCUGCAUAAGUUUAAUAUAGAAACAUUCCACCUGCAAAAUGUAAUGCCAUAUUUUCAAUGUAAAGCUAUUGCCGCUGUUAGCAUUGACCAGGAAUAUGAUGACGUGUGACUGUUGCACACAUAUGAUACGACAUCUUUGGAUUGCUGAAUGGAUUCCUUUUGUCUUCUUGAAGGAGAUAUUUUCUGAACCACUGUAAGCAUUAGUUUUAUGUUUACAUAAUGUGGCUAAAACCGCGUUGUACAUCUCUUUAAUGUGUUCAUCAAAGAGAGUCAUUUUAAAUCCAUAUUUAGGUAUUAUAAAGGAGACCCAAAUUAUAAAACAGAUGCAUACUACUCCUGCAGUCUUAGACAGGCUUUCAGUUAUGAUUAUAAUCAAGACUCCUGAAUGGUCAAUUUUGGCAGUAUAUUUUCUUUAUAUAUUCAGUUUUGCCUCAGGGGUAUGAUGGGAUUUUAUAUUUAAAGCCUGAAUGUAUAUGUCCAUGUAAUGCUGAAUGAAGAGGUGUAACUGUGGCCCCCUUUUAUUCCUGACAUUAAUAAUGCAUUUCCAGCUCACAUUCGGAUGAUUAGUACUUGACAACUUAAACGUAUUGUGAUCUGAUCACUGAAACCACGUACUAAGGUGGCCAGAGACAAAUUCUGACCACUUUUGGUAUGAAAAAGCAAAUUUGAACGUCUACAUAAAAAUGCAUAACUAAGGUAGUACUACAAUCCUUAUUCAACACAACAAAUACUGAAUGUGCACUUGGUCACUCAAUUUAAUGAGUUUUAAACCUUAUUUUCUCUUUUAAACCCUAUUAACAUAUUAUAUUGUGGAAAUUUUUCGAAAGUAAGGAAAGUGUGAUCGCAAAGAACAAUAAAGUAUAAAUUAAGUCCAGCUGAAGAAUAUCAAGACAUGAAGCACAUUUUAAUGCCAGAUGGAUGGGGGUUUUGUGUGUGUGUGUGUGUGUGUGUGUGUGACUUAUCAGAUUAAGUCUUGAUGACUUUUAUGCUAGGAAAAUCAGACUCUGAAUUUCCCUUUCCUCCAUUUCUGUAUAGAUGAUCAGCUUUCAGAUAAUGAGGGUCUGAAGAAGAGGAUUGUAUUUCAAGUCACACUAAAUAAAGUGGAUGAGGUCAUGCCCCCCCAGAAACCCAUGUGGGACAACUCAAAUGCAGAUGUGAGGGUGGCAGCAGUCAAACCACGUCCGAAUAGCAAGUGUUUUGCUGUCAGCCCUGAAAUGAAUUCUCUCUGCAAUAGUCAGGAUACAGCAGUAGACUCACCACAGCAGCCAGUGAGUCCUAGAGGCCCCUUCCUGGGUUUACCAAAGGGAACCAUAAGGCGGCAAACAUCUAUAGGAGUAACCGAAGAAGAGAAGCAGUUCCUUACUCCUCCAAUGUUAAAAUUUACAAGAAGCCUUUCAAUGCCUGACACAUCAGAGGAUAUUCCACCACCACCAGCCAUCUCCCCUCCAUCUCCACCUCAAAAUAAUGCUCCUAUCCCAGCUGGUAGAGGAUAUGGCACCAUCAGACCAGGCUUUACUUCACAGAGUCCUAAUGCAAACAGUACAGCCCCAGACAGAGGUGAAGGUACUGGGUGGAGAGAUCAGGGCAUGUAUUACAGAGACAAUCCCGAACAGUACGAAUCAGAGGGGUACAAUCACAGCCCAACGGCCCAACAGAGUCUUCAUAUGCGCCGUGCCCAAAUUCCUGAAAACCCUUACUCGGAUGUGGGCAAGAUGGGUCAAGCUGGACUGUUUGUGCCCAACAAGCCUGCCAGAAGGAAGGGAAUGCUUGUCAAGCAGCCCAACGUAGAAGACAGUCCUGAGAAAACCUGCUCCAUCCCGAUUCCGACCAUAAUAAUUAAAGAGCCCUCCACCAGCAGCAGCGGUAAGAGCAGUCAAGGGAGCAGCAUGGAAAUUGAGACGACCACACCGGAUCACCCAGGACAACUACGUCCUGAAGAUGGCUUAAAUUCAGGCAGUCCCUUUGCAGCUGCCAUUGCCGGUGCAGUUAGAGACAGGGAGAAGAGGCUUGAUGCUCAUCGCAACUCCCCAUCUUUUAAGUCAACAGAUGCAGGUGAUGAGGACGUGGUGCCUAGACCAGCCCCACGUCUCCGACACUCCAAGUCUAUUGAUGAGGGCAUGUUUAGCAGCGAUGAGCGGCUGCGUAGGCUCAUGGCACCUCCCUCAUCACUACUUAGCAUCCCUAGAGGUGGUGGUAAUGUGACGGACUUCAACAGCCCUGAGCCCACCAUGGUAAGAGAACUGUUGAGCACCCGUACAGGACACAGCCCGAUCAGUCUGCCUGCUCAUAAGACCUACAGCUCAGGAAGUGGGAAUUACGUUCACCCAGUAACAGGCAAGCCACUAGACCCGAAUUCACCAUUAGCUUUAGCAUUAGCUGCCAGAGACCGAGCCAUGAGGGAGCAAUCACAGCCUCUUCCACUAAAGAGUGACCCAUCCAAACUUGAUCUCAAUAAACCACUUUUUAUCGACACCAAGCUUAGACCAAAUGUGGAGGUUGGCUUCUCAAGUACCGCUACAAUGGGCCGUCCCCGGGGGGGCCUGCGGAGGCAGAUGACGGAAUCCAAAUAUGAGACUGAAUCCAAGUAUCAGCUCGAUCUGGGCAAGCCUGAGAAGAGGCCUGAGGAGAAGAAGAACAUGCUGAUUGACAUUGUGGACACUUCUCAGCAGAAGUCAGCUGGUCUGCUGAUGGUACACACCACAGAUGGGGCAAAAUCGGAAGAUAACAGCUUGUCAGAGGGCGACAAGGAUGAGGCAGUGAGUCCCGACAACACUCCUGGGGAGCUUCGCGACCCCAACCAGCCAGUUUCCACCAACCCCCCAGUUCCCAAGGCACUAUCAGCUGCUCCACAUGGCAAGACCAUCAUAACUGUUAGCUCAGUGGAUGAGCCCGUCAAGUUGCCCUUCGGUAUCCCUCCGCCGCCCUUGGCUUCUAUCGACAUCGAUGAAGAGUUUGUGUUUGCUGAACCCCUACCACCCCCACUGGAGUUUGCCAACAGUUUUGACAUUCCUGAAGACCAGGCAGGGACUUUAGCUGAACUGCUUAAACAGAAAACAAACGGUACAAAAGGGCCUUCUCUUGCUCCCUAUUUUCCCCUGUUAGGUGGUGGGAAUUCCGAAAUCAAGAGACCAACCGUCCUCACAAACUGCACACCCCCCAGCUUCCCUCCAGGGCCCCUAGAGCCCUAUGAACAGAUCACUGACUCUGGCAUUGAGGUAGACAGCCGAAGCAGCGGUGACCCCCAACUGGAGACCACCAGCACCAUCUCUACUGUGUCCAGCAUCUCCACCUUGUCUUCUGAAGGAGGCGAGACUCUGGACACAUGCACCGUCUAUGCAGAUGGACAAGCCUUUCUGGUGGACAGGUCUCAGAUCCUUUCCAAACCAAAACCCAAACCUGCCAUCAAGAGCAAUGCACUUUACAAGGACGCUUUGCCUGAGGAGAACGUGAGCUCUUUCAGAAUGCCCUCCUCUGUCCCACCUCUGCCCCCUGUAUCAAUUCCACCAGAACCAUUGAAAACCCCAACGCAACGAACCUCAAAGCUGUGGGGGGACCCUCCGGAGAUGAAAGGACCCCAUGGCCCUGAAGCCAAUUCAGUUCUGCAGCAUGUGAACAAGGACAAAGCACCAAAGCCAGGGGAAGCAUUAGACUCUCCGACCGGAUCCAGGACUCACUUCGGAACGAGAAAUCAGGAUGGUGUAUCCCUCAUCUCAGGUACACAGCAGAACAACACCGUUACCUUCACUGCCCAGCCUGGCCCCAACGUGCCUGCCCCGUCACCGUGCCGCCAGGCCGAGAGCCUGCCUCCCCACCACCACACCCAAAGCCCUAUCAUGUCCCCACCGGACUCUGGCCUAAGCUGUGCCUCUUCUCUUCCGACCUCGGUUACUUCCCCCACCAUGACGGACGUAUUCGGUCUGCCCACACCGCCCCUCAGCCUGGGCACGGGGCGUAGCCGUUCCCCUUCCCCGCUCACCCUUAUCCAGGCCACAUCAAACAAGCCCUUUGCCACCAAACCCGUCCUCAUGUGGAGCAAGCAGGACGUCGCUGACUGGCUCGAAAGCCUGAACCUGGGUGAGCACAGGGAUGCCUUUAUGGACAAUGAUAUCGAGGGCAGCCAUUUGCCCAACCUGCAAAAGGAGGAUCUGAUCGACUUGGGCGUGACUCGUGUGGGUCACAGAAUGAACAUCGAGCGGGCGCUAAAAGUCCUCUUGGACAGAUGAGACUGGGCAGACGUCCUCAACCAGGACUCCGUGUAUCUUGUUCAUAAGCUCCUUUUUCCCUCUUCCUUUAUUUCAGUUCACUAAUUUGAAGUUUGUUGUCCUAUCAUGCUUUCGGUGGAAUUGAGGAACUCUCACAUCCUGAAGAAACUCAAGCAUUCAAAAUAUCCGCGUAAGCACAAGCGGUUCCCUGCGUUUCUGUUCCAAGAGCUCUGGCACCAGAGAGGACAUUGAAGCCAACACACUGUAUGGAAACUACAAACAUGAGCUGACUAUCCUUUGGCUUUUACGGACUUUGGCCUCCUUUGAAUGCACUGAAACCAGCAGAGCUGGGGAUCCAUUUUCUAUCUUUGCUAAGACAAUUCUACAGAGAAUAUUUCUUCAGGAAAAAAGGGAACCUUUGUCUAUGUAUCAGCUGCCUAUGAAAUAAAUAUCUUGCUUUUUUCCCCUCCUACACCUUUGACCAAGAGGUACACGAAUGUAGAAGAUGUGAUCAGUGGGCAUUUAAUGUCCCUCAGUUCAUUCACUGACAGUCCAAGAAGGGCCGUGGUCACUUGAAAACACAGAGGUCAAAUCUCCCUACAUGCCAACAAACGUAACCGUAGCAAGUAACAGGUCUCUCCACCAUCUUGAAUCUUCGAGUCUUGUAAUACACUAACUUUGGAUGUUUGUCUGAAUGAUCAACAAUUCUCUUGGGUCUUUGAAUUGUGGUUUACUAUUAGGUGUCUUCCAUAUGAUAAGGAGGUCUACGGCAUUCCCACCAACAUUUUAAUUUGUAACUUUAGUCGAUACUAGUCUGCAUUGUUGCUAGUCAAUAUUAAUUUCCAGCGGGUUUGAUUUGGAAUAAUGGGUUUUCACAGGAACACAUAAGAUCUGAAAUACUGAGGUUUAGUUUCAUGGGUGAAUGGAAAAUAAUUGAAUUGAAGUAGAAACUGUCAAUUUUGACAGCUUUGAGUUGAAUGCUGACACAAUCUCUCUGAAAGGGCCAGUAUGUAUCUGUCUUUUGCUUUAAAAAUUUGAUGAAUUUUUCAUUUAAUAGUUUAUUUUUAUGUACUGUAUUUUCUGUAAUUAUAAUUCGCUAAAUUAUUCCAUUGUUGGGUGGUAAAAAGGAACAUCCAGAAAACUACACGAAACCUUAAUUUAUACAUAUCAAUGUCGUCAAUUGUAACUGAUACAGAAGUUUAUAUCUGUAAAUUGUUAAGUAUUUUAUUGUUUUGAUUUAAAUUUUAUUUGGAUUAUUUAACUUGUUUUUUUUUUUGCAACUAAACCUGCAACCAUCUACAACACAUUUUUAAGCGAGAUCAAAAGGUGUGAACUUUAAUUUUCCUGUUUAAUCAAAAAUCAGUGCUUUUACUUGUCCUUUUCAUUUUAUGUUCAAUUGGAAAACGUUAUGAUUUUGCUGUAUUACUACGUUAUUAAUUUAAACUGCAAUGUGUGCCUACCCUUGUCAAAAUUUGACACACCACAACAUCUUUAGUUCUCAUUGUGAGACACUCGUCUCUCAGAGAUUUAUGAAUUUCAUCAGACUGUAAAUGACAUAAAAUCCCACAGGUAUGGAAUCGGACUAGAGAUAAUAUUAAUAUUUGUGAUUAAAGCAUCACAGAGACACGAAAGGACAGCCAGCAUUAUACAUUUCACCUUUAGUAUUAAGUUCCAUGCACUGUGGGUCACGCCGGAACUGAGGGAAAGGUGAUAAAUGAGUUAGAGAAUGGCUGUGAAUGAAAUGAAGUUAUGACCGUUUAAAGUAUGCAGUGAAGAGAUUCAGAAAUAAAUUAUAUAUGUUUGCUUAUCUCUCGACCUUAGAGGAGUUAGAGUUAUCAUGUCUAUAUAUCUUAUUUUAGGAAACAGCACAGUAUUUUAAAGAUUUAUAGAAAUAUUUAUGAAAUUUUUACGACAUUUAACUCUGAUAUGUGGUGUGCCAAAAAUCUGUGUGGUAUCAGUUAAGAAGCAAUACACCAAUUUAAAGAACACUGUUUGGUCUUUCUUUGCCAGUAUUCCACACUACAGUAUAUAAUAUUAUGAAAUUAAAUUUACAUAUACAUAGGUCUCAGUGAAUUAGAAGAUAUGAAAAAUAAUGAGAUAAUGGCUGUCACCUGCUUCUUUUAGACUAUGUAAUUAAAGAGAAGUUAAAAUGUA